UCUACACCUGUGCAAGAAGACAUCCAACAAACUAAAGUAUGUUUUUUAUACUUUUCUUCUCCAGUCCUGUCCAGCAUACAGACCCGUGCAGCAGCAACACAUCCCAGGAACGGGAAGUAGAGACCCAGGAAGUAGAGACCCAGGAAGUAGAGACCCAGGAAGUAGAACCCCAGGAAGUAGAGACACAGGAAGCGGCAGAAUCCAGCGAUGACGAAAUAGCAAACGAGGCGUCGGACGGAGACUGGAAACCCGACGCUGAGACGAGGGAAAGCGGCGCUAAGAGAGUGAAGUUUGGGGGUAAAAAUCUGUGUAAAGUGUGCGGGAUUUCAUACAUUCUCCUUGGAAGCCUCGUCAAACACGCCUGGAGCCACGUGGGCGAAGAAGAAGCGCCGUGCGUCUGUGGCGUCUGUGGGGACCUCUUCGAAACCUCAGAGGAAUUAAAGUCUCAUCUGAAAAACAAAUACAAAAAGACCCACGAGUGCUCGUUCUGCAGGAAGUCCUUCCUCACUGUCACCGGGCUGAAGCGCCAUGUCACGCUGCACACGGGCGACCGGCCAUUUAAAUGCGACGUCUGCGGAAAAGCCUUUGCACACGCCUCCAAUUUAAGCAUCCACAGAUGGGUGCAUCGAGAAGAGAAACCAUACAAAUGCGACGUGUGUCCGAAGGCGUUUGGAUUAAAGGGGUCGUUUCAGGCUCACAGACGGCUUCACGGCAAGAGAGAGCGUUUCAUCUGCCACGUUUGUGGGAAAUCGUUAUUAGACAUGAGAUCGUUAACCAGACACAAAUCCACGCAUUCUGGCGAGCGUCGAUACGGCUGUGAGAUCUGCGGGAAGCGUUUCAAACUCCCGGGAACUCUGAGAUCUCACAAGAAAACCCACACGGUGCGCGAGAAAACGUUCCUCUGCCACAUCUGCCGUAGACUUUCGUGUACCCACUGGCUGUUUGAAUAUGCACUCAGCGANUAA